AUGUCGUUCCCUUUGCCACCAUUGGUAAGAAGAAAGGACACAGAGUUUGAUAUUGGAAUUCUGCUUGGAAGAGGCACCUUUACUUCUGUGUACGCUGCCGUCGAGAAGAAGACAGGCCUGCGAUGCGCUAUGAAAAUUGUUGAUCGAUACCGGUGUGAGCGCUUGAAGAAAACCGCUGACCUGUAUAUGGAAAAACAUUGUUUGCAAAGAACCAACCACUCAAACAUCAUCAAGAUGCUGGGAUGGUUUUCUGAUAAUACAAACAUUUUUGUAAUGCUGGAAGAAUGUCUCGGUGGCGAACUGUGGGAAGUCAUCAAAACCGUUGGCUGCCCCGUUGGAAGGGCACGACACUACUUAGCGCAGGUUGUCAACGCUGUUUCCUAUCUCCGGCAAGCAAAUAUAGUCCACAGGGACUUGAAGGCAGAGAACAUUAUGCUUACUGAACUUGGUGUCGUAAAGCUGAUUGAUUUUGGGACUGCCAAGGACCUUGAGAACCCUCACAUCAAAGGAUCUGGGAAUGCCUCUCGUCACAAGGUGUUUGAGGACUAUGUAGGCACGCCUCAGUUUAUGCCAAAGGAGGUCAUUGAGAACAAGAGCAGCGACCAUCGCUCUGAUAUAUGGUCCUUGGGCUGCACAGUUUUCCAGGUGUUGACUGGUUGUCCACCUUUCCAUGAAAAGUCAGAGUACUUGAUCUUCCAACGAGUUCUGGCACUCGACUUGCAGUUUCCUCCGGGAAUACCCGCUGAUGCACGUGGCCUCAUCAGCGAAAUGGUUGUGGAAGAUGCCGAUGUGCGUCUCGGUGCAGCCAACAUCGAGGAUAUCAAGAGACAUGCCUUUUUCCAGCAAUGCAACUUUCAUCAAAUACAUUUACAGCCAGUGCCCAUGCUGUCUUUGGCAGAUCUGUGCCUGCAAAGGAUUGGCAGCAACAUGAAACUAUUUGAGAGGGUUUUGCCGUCCUGGUCGGGCUCCUCAAGCUUGGUGGUUAUAUUGCGUGAGCAGCUUGAUCGUAUGCAAUUAGUGCACAGGUGGCAGGAAGAUGUGCUCCCUCCUGAGGACAGUCUCUGA